AUGCCACAUUCUCUUUUUACCACAUUUUGCAAUUUUGCCGCUAAAAUUAAAGGGAUGUUUUUCAAAACCGGUAAACACUGGUAGUUGACGUUUCAAUGGGCCGCCAACAGCUGAUCGCUACUUUUCAAGUUUAUAAACAAUUCCACAAUCUACAUCGAUUCAAGCAAUAUAAUGUCAACAAAUGGUAUUGAACCGGUGUCCAAAAGGCCGAAGGUAGAACAGAAGCCAGCCGCUAAUGGCAAAAUCAAGGAAGAGCAUGAUGAAUACGAACUUGAACCGUCUGCAUUUAAUCCAAAAUAUCGUGUCUGUCCAUAUCUGGAUACGAUUAAUCGUCACCUACUAGAUUUUGAUUUUGAGAAAUUGUGUUCAAUCUCGCUGACGCGCAUAAACGUUUACGCUUGUCUUGUUUGUGGCAAAUAUUUCCAAGGGCGCGGCACCAACACGCACGCUUAUACACAUUCCGUAUCGGAGGCGCAUCAUGUUUUUCUCAAUCUACAAACACUACGUUUCUACUGUCUGCCAGAUAAUUAUGAAAUUAUUGACUCAUCACUGGACGAUAUCAAAUAUGUGCUGAACCCCACUUUUGAACCCAAAGAUAUACGGCAGCUGGAUCGCUCUGAGCCGAAAUACUCACGCACUGUAGACGGUACGCUUUAUCUACCCGGUGUUGUAGGUUUGAAUAAUAUAAAAGCCAACGACUACUGUAACGUUGUGCUGCACGCGCUAUCACACGUGGGCCCAUUACGCGAUUACUAUCUGCGUGAACAAAAUUAUGCGAAAAUAAAACGACCGCCAGGUGAUUCUAUAUUUAAUCUAGUGCAACGUUUUGGCGAACUUAUGCGUAAAAUGUGGAAUCCGCGAAAUUUCAAAGCGCACGUAUCGCCGCACGAAAUGUUGCAGGCCGUGGUGUUGUGGUCCAAUAAAAGUUUUCAAAUAACGGAACAAGGUGAUCCCAUUGAUUUUCUAUCUUGGUUCUUGCACACGUUACAUCGCGCACUGAAAGGCAACAAAAAGCCAGAUUCAUCUAUCAUACACAAAAUCUUUUUGGGUGAAAUGAAAAUUUUUACACGCAAAAUCCCCCCAGUAGAGCUGGAAGACACGCAGAAAUCGUUACUUUUAGCCACUGAGGAAUAUCAGGAGAAAUGUGAAGAUUCUAACUUUCUGUAUCUUACCUGCGAUCUGCCGCCGCCACCGUUGUUCACGGACGAAUUUCGCGAAAAUAUCAUACCACAAGUUAACCUCUAUCAAUUGCUAGCGAAAUUCAAUGGCACAACCGAAAAGGAAUAUAAUACGUAUAAAGAUAACUUUUUGAAGCGGUUCGAAAUCACACGUUUGCCACAGUAUAUUAUACUAUAUAUCAAACGUUUCACGAAGAAUACCUUCUUCCUGGAGAAGAAUCCCACUAUCGUCAAUUUUCCCAUUAAAAACGUGGACUUUGGCGAUAUUUUGUCAAUGAAGAAUCGUGAACAACUCAAAAAUACCAAAUAUAAUUUAGUAGCGAAUAUUGUGCACGAUGGGGAGCCGAAAAAGGGCACUUAUCGUGCACAUAUUUUGCAUAAAGCCAACGGACAGUGGUACGAAAUGCAAGAUUUGCAUGUAACGGAAAUUCUGCCACCCAUGAUCACACUUACAGAGUCAUAUAUACAGAUUUAUGAACGGAAUAAUGAUUGAACGAAUAUUCAAUGAAAUCUACUUAAUUAAGUAAACGUAUUAAAUUAAAUUUGUAUUUUUUAGAAAUUUAAUUUGAGUUAGCAAGUUUUUGUAAUUAAAAAAAAAAGACAAAAGCAACCAAACAUUGUUUUUUAAACCGUUAGUUUUAUAACAUUUAAGUUCGUUUCCCAACAAAGCAAAAAUGUAUGCGUUAAUUGCUAAGCCUUUUCGAAACAUCAAAUUUGAAUGAAGCGUUUAAGCGCAUGCGUUGACCAACCGACAUCUAUUACUGUUCAACUGACGUUUGUAACACCUUCAAAACUUUUUUUUUAUACUACCCACACUAUUUUGCUUGUCCAGCUACGUGUGUACGAGUCUUGGCGACAAAAAAAAAUCGAUCCAAUUGCUCAAAAUAGAGGUUGUCACUCUAACAUUAGACAGCAAACAACGCGGAUUUAUUUUCAUCAGAGUUCACAAUUAAAUCAAAUUUAUAAUUGCAAUAUCGAAAUGGCUGAAGGCACAUACGAAUAUGAGUGUAUGCGGGCUGAAUUGUUAGGCAUUGACAAGCCUAAUGAGGAGGAAU